UCUCGACGGUGCCAGGCUUGCUGUAUAUUUUCCCGCCAUUUCCAGCUUUUCUUGAGAACUGAUUGAUUUCGGUGAGAUCCGAGGCCUUUUGGGAUCACUGCGGCCAAACAGAAUGGAUUGGUUUCACUGCAACCUGUGUUUCCAAAAAGAUGGGGCCCAUUUCUUUGUCACCAGCUGUGGCCAUAUUUUCUGUAAAAAGUGUUUGACUCUGGAUAAAUGUGCUGUUUGUGGAACUGCCUGCAAGUAUCUGGCUCUUUCUGAUAAUCUGAAACCUCAGGAGAAGAUGUACUUCAAAAGCCCUGUGGAGACAGCUUUGCAGUAUUUUAGUCACAUCUCUCAGGUGUGGAGUUUCCAGAAGAAGCAAACAGAUCUCCUCAUCGCCUUUUAUAAGCAUAGAAUUACCAAGUUAGAAGCAGCCACGCAGGAGGCACAGCAAACACUGACUAACCAGGACAAAGAGCUGUCAGUCUUAAGGAAAGAGAAUGGAGAACUGAAGAAAUUGCUAGCCAUCCUAAAGGAAUCUCCAAGUUGGUACCAAGGAAGCAGGUCAACCACACCUCGACCAGUGGGCAUUACUUCUCCAUCACAGUCAGUUACUCCACGACCCAGUUCUCAGCAUAGCAGCCAAGUGGUCAGUCGGUCCUCCUCAGUGGAAUCUAUCCUUUAUAGAGGGGCUGGCUUUAGUAACUUGGGACAGGGAGCCAGAGCGCUGCAGGGAAGGAGCACUCCAAGAGACUCUUUUACUGAAACCCCUUCACCAGCUUCCACUCACAGCCUAUCUUAUAGACCUUCAUCUGCCUCCUCCAGACAGGGGAUUUUUUCUUUCAGACCAUCCCUAAGUGGUGGGGAUUCAGGUCAAAUAGGAGUCCUCACCCCCAAUAAUUCAGGUCAGAGGGAGAGCAGAACCACACUAGAGGGUCUUCCUGGUUUCCAGCUACCAGCCCUACAGAAUCUCUACCAACAGAGGCAGAUGGGAUUAGCCAGGGGGAGAGAAGCAUGGAACACUCCCAGAUAGACCAUUUUCAAGAUCUGAUCUAUACAUACUGCUGAAGGACGGACGGUAGCAUCCCAUACUCAUUUAGGUGUGAUGGCCU